AUGACGCUGAGGGUUCCGCCCCGGAGCGGUCCGACGCUUCUAGCGUUACUUCUUGUACUCUAUGCUGGGGUAGAGUGCCGGCGUCCAGAGCCGUACUAUGGCCGCAUAAUCGGACGCUUAACUCAAUAUGCCCACGGCAUACGAGGCACGGCAUAUGCCGUAGACGAGAACACAGUCUUUAUACGAGGCUUCGCAUACGAUGGGACUGGACCAGACGCCUAUUUCUGGAUUGGGGAUACCCCUCAACCUUCGCCAGAAGGCAUCCUUGUGCCAUAUCCUGAAGAUUAUCCUAGCAGAGAUCCACCGGUAUUAUCAGCACAUUCCAAUUCUGAUAUCCUUUUGCGGUUGCCAGGAGGCAAACGCCUUAGAGACAUCAAGUGGAUCAGUGUGUGGUGUCGUAGAUUUACUGUAAACUUUGGCGACGUGUUUGUCCCUCCCGGAUUGGACCCCCCAAGACCACGUGUACUGCCAGAGUUCAAGCGACUUGCUCACGGCCUGCGAUCUGGUAACAUUAGCGUGUUGGAUGCAAAGACGUUCUACAUUCCCAACUUGCAUUACGAUGGUGCUGGACCCGACGCCUACUUCUGGGUUGGGAACGGUAGUGAACCCAGUCCUUUUGGAACAAAGGUACCGAAUGAAAUGGGAUCCCUCAACCCUCUCAGAGGCUACCAAGGUGAGGAUAUAGAGAUCCAGUUACCUGGUAAAUUGACGGCUUAUGACAUCGACUGGCUUGCUGUCUGGUGUGUAGAAUACAGGCAUAACUUUGGUCACGUUUAUAUUCCUAAGGAUUUAGAUGUACCACCUGCGUUAGGACAGACGAAGAUUACCCCCGCUUGGUGGUAUAAUCCGACUAGUUCAACCACAUCUCAAACGCCGUAUAGCUCUUCUAACAAUUGUAAGGAAAUUCUUGAUAAAAGGCUGCAAGUGCGAUGGGAGAUACAGGGCGACCUAAUCCAAAUAACGCUAGCUGCUCGUCUUCGUAAGGAGCAGUACAUGGCAUUCGGUAUUUCCGGUGCUGAAGGACGUGCUGCUAUGCUGAACGCUGAUGUGGUCGUGGCAUAUUGGGAUAAUAGAUCAAACCAGCCACGUGUAGCAGACUACACGAUUACUCACCUUGCACAGUGUGAUGGUGAGAGAGGAGUGUGUCCUGAUGCCAGACUCAGUGGAAGCAACGAUGUGGUGCUUGUAAUCCCCAGUUUCCGGACAUCAAAAGACGGUGUAACCACCAUAACUUACCGUCGUCCGAUUGCCGCGAAGGAGCCUAUGAAGGAUAAGGAAGUGCUGACGUCACGGUCUCAGUCUGUUAUAGCUGCUUUUGGGCCACUCAACUCGAGAUAUGAGGCUAAUGCUCACUCAUUUAUGGAUACCACUAGAAAUGAUGUGCAACUCGACUUUGGCGCCUUGAACGACAAUACUUGUGUUGGUUUGGCUGAACUUGAGGCGGGCGGACCGGCACCUUGGCCAGCUCGAAUAAUCGCUGGGGUCAGCAACUUCACAGCUCGGAUUGGUCCUGCAGGUGGAAGGAGAGGAUACACUCCUAUUACUGACAAUGAAACCAUAGAGGGAUUUCUGCCAUAUGGACAUCCAUCUUGGGGUAUCGCCUGGUAUAUCAAUGAUAUGUUGAUCCCUGAAAUAUACGUGGAGCGCGGGAAAACGUACACUUUUUUGGUAGAAGGUGGUGACGAUAGGACGAACCCGGCUAAGUUCCAUCCAUUCUACAUAAGCGAUUCUUCAGAGGGAGGAUUUGGACAAAAGCGUGAGGAGGAUCAGAGGAAGCAACGAGUGUUUGCGGGAGUCGCUUACGAUAAUGAGGGAUACCCAUAUCCAACAGCUGUGGGAAGAUACUGCGAAUGGACACACAAGACAACAGACCAGUCAAGCACUUCUGAAACCUUUGAAGAUUACCUUCAGACUCUGCAGCUGGAGUGUAACGAAGGUGAACCUGCUGUAUUGGAAUGGACUGUCGCACACGAAACACCUGACUUGCUUUAUUACCAGUGUUACACGCAUAAUAACCUUGGCUGGAAGAUCCAUGUAGUUGACCCAGGGACGCAAAUACACCUUCCGGGCCAAACAGGCGUCUGCUCAAAUUUAGCGCCAUUACCGCUGUCAAUUAUCGCGCCAAUUCUGACAGCUGUCAUCUACGCACAGUUUAGAUAA